AUGUUGUCUAGGAGUUUGGAUUGUAGUGGUGGAGAUAAGAGGAGUCUGGGAUCUGGGUUGAUGAUGGUUAAGUCAUUGCAGCCAUCUGUGAUGGUUGAUGAGAGGAGGUUGAGCUUGGAUUUAGGCGAUGCUACUGGUGAUCUCACUGUAUCUGAUAGCGAUAGUGUUUCCUCUGGGGCUCGUGGCAUUUUUAUUUCUGCAAGGUUUUGGCAAGAAACAAAUAGCAGGUUGAGGCGCUUGCAGGAUCCAGGUUCACUAUUACCAACUAGUCCUAAUUCCAGAAUGAGCAUUUCAUCAAAAACCAGUCAAUCAAAAAGAUUUGGUGUUGAUGGUACUGUGAUAUCUCCCAGAACUAUUGCUUCUUCAACUAUUAGGGGAGCCACGAGGCCUGCCUCGCCUACUAAGCUUUGGACACCUACGGCUUUGUCUCCAUCACGAGGGAUUUCUAGUCCUUCAAGGGUGAGACCCAUGAGUAGUUAUCCUGGUAGUACACCUUCAAUUCUUAGUUUCUCAGUUGAUUUAAGGAGAGGGAAGAUGGGGGAGGAUCGAAUUGUUGAUGCACAUAUGUUGAGGCUUCUGUACAACCGUUACUUGCAAUGGUGGUUUGUAAAUGCAAAGAUAUACAACUAAUGAUAAGUGUAACACCUCUUGAUUUGUGGUCAAAAUGGUGAUUAUUUAAAUAUUAUAUCAUUAAUAAUAGAUAUUCAGAAUUAAAGGGAAAAGUAGUUUAGCUAAAGAAAACGAUUAAAGAAAUGGGAAAAGCUCCCUAUCAACGACGCAUAAGAACAAGAGGAUAUUCUUUUUCAGUCAUACGAUAGGUCUGCAUGCAUGCAAUCUCUCAACCUAAUCAUCCAUGCUAUACUAUGCAAGCUUAUGUGCUAGAAUUAGUUAUAACUGAACAAGUUGGUAC